UCUAUCCUCAACUCAGCUGAAGAGAACGUUUUGUAAAUUCCUGAUUCCUUUGUUCCAAAUCGCAAAACCGAAAAAUAGUGUCAGUGUUGUGCCAUGGAAGCUUGAGCUCGUAGUUUUGGUGCGAGUCCUGCGACUGCAACACUCUUCCUUCUCUUUCUUUCUCUGCCUACAAUGAAGGACGCCGAAUCCCAUUCGCCUUCUGUCGUUCGCCUCAACAUCGGGGGCAAGAAAUUCUGCACCACCACUGAUACGUUGACUCAGCGGGAGCCUGAUUCAAUGCUGGCUGCUAUGUUCAGUGGUCGCCAUACUCUCUGCCUAGAUUCUGAUAAGGGAUAUGUCUUUGUUGAUAGGGAUGGUAAACACUUCCGUCACAUUCUUAAUUGGUUGAGAGAUGGUGUGGUGCCCACUCUGGAGGACUCUGAAUAUAAUGAACUAUUGCGGGAGGCUGAGUACUAUCAGUUACUUGGGCUAAUAGAUGGAAUUAAUACUGUCCUUAAUAAGAGGAAGGAAGAUGAUGACCUCCAUACAGAGUUAACACGGACUGAUAUUAUCAAGUGCAUACAAUCUGAUAAAGUUAGGUUUCGAGGGGUUAAUCUUUCUGGCCUUGACCUCUCUAAACUGGAUUUAUCCUUUGUAGAUUUCAGCUAUGCUUGUCUAAAAAAUGUAUUCUUUUCAAGAGCAAACCUUCAGUGUGCAAAGUUUCGGGAUGUUGAUGCUGAGGCUUCCAUCUUUCACAAUGCAACUUUGCGGGAAUGUGAAUUUACUGGGGCAAAUCUUCGCGGUGCUUUAUUGGCUGGUGCAUGCCUUCAGAGUGCAAAUUUACAAGAUGCGUGCCUAGUAGAUUGUAGCUUCUGUGGAGCUGAUCUGCGUUCUGCACACCUACAGAAUGCAGAUCUUACUAAUGCCAAUUUAGAGGGGGCUGUCCUAGAAGGAGCUAACUUAAAGGGUGCAAAAUUGAACAAUGCUAACUUGAAGGGUGCUAACCUUCAACGAGCUUAUCUACGUCAUGUCAAUCUUCGAGAGACACACUUGGAAGGUGCAAAGCUUGAUGGUGCCAAUUUGCUUGGAGCAAUCAGAUAAGAGUUUAGUUGCAGCUGUGUAUAUUGGGAAGUUGGCAUAUGGUUAUGGAAUGUUAAUAGUAGAUAAGUGAAACCUGUGAAGCUGAAUAUUAUGUUUGAAGGGUGCAUGCUACACUAGUGCUGCUCACGAAGCGAUACUUACUGGCCAUUAUUGUUAGUGUUUGUGCUGGCAGAUGAUCACCUCCGGUAUGCCGUUGUUGUGCGGAGGAACGCAGUUUGUGUCAUCUUUUCUGUUUCUUGUGGUUUGGUGUUUUCCUAAUAUAUCCUCCUAAAGAAAGUUCUGUGAUAUCACUAUUUAUAUGUGAACCAUCUUGUGUUUAUCGCUUUACUCGAGUGACAAUAAGGCAUGUACUUGUUGUUGAAACCACAUAAUUAUGAUUACGAAGUGUAUAUAGCAUGGUUAAAUAUGAUUGAGUGUAUGAUUCCGUA